UGUUAACAGGGGUGACGUAGCGUUCAUUUUUUCUGUGUUUUCUCGAGUAAUAAGCGUUUCCCUAUGCUUCGUCCCAAUUGGCUGUGAAGUUGCCGACUUUGCUAUAUUCUAGCCGGCCAUAGAGGACGCCUUCUUAUCCCGCAAUUGCUUUCCUCACCAAUUCUCGCUUUCGCAGGUUCUUCCAAAAUGAGAGUUAGCGCAGCAGACGCUUUCACUUGCAGGCUUGUACUUCAUAUUUCUACUCGUUCAAGAUAAUUGUUUUUCUGAUCAAUUUGUCGAUUGUUGAGCAAAACUGCACUUUUUUAAAACUCUAUGGAGUCGAAGUCACAGUCCAGAUUUAGCCUCGGCAGGCAAUCUUCUCUUGCGCCGGAGAAUGAAGGCGACGGACGCGGCGUGGAUCCCGUUGUCCACGAUGAAGCUGAAGCAGGCAUUGAUUCGGGGAUAAGGUUGAUGUAUUCCGCUAACGAGGGGGAUUUGGAGGGAAUGAAGGAGCUUUUGGAAUCCGGAACCGGUGCCAAUUUUCGUGAUAUUGACGGACGGACUGCGUUGCAUGUGGCCGCCUGCCAGGGCCGUAAGGAUGUGGUGGAGCUGCUGCUAGGCAAUGGCGCCCAGGUCAAUGUUGAGGAUCGAUGGGGCAGCACGCCUCUUGCAGAUGCAGUGCACUACAAUAAUAAUGAUGUUGUCAAGCUCCUGGAGGCAUAUGGAGCAAAACAUCCUAUGGCUCCCAUGCAUGUGCAAAAUGCUCGUGAAAUUCCGGAGUAUGAAAUUAAUCCACAUGAGCUUGAUUUCAGUAAUAGUGUGGGUAUAACAAAGGGUACAUUUUGCAUUGCUUCAUGGGGGGGAACUCAGGUUGCUGUCAAGAAAUUUGGCGAGGAGCUCUUCAUGGAUGAAGAAAAAGUGCAAGCAUUUAGGGAUGAGCUUGCAUUACUGCAGAAGCUACGCCACCCAAAUGUUGUACAAUUUCUUGGUGCCGUUACUCAAAGUAGUCCAAUGAUGAUUGUUACAGAAUAUUUACCUAAGGGAGAUCUUCGUGCAUUCUUGAAGCGAAAAGGUGCACUGAAGCCCAUAAUGGCUGUCAAGUAUGCACUGGAUAUUGCAAGAGGCAUGAACUACUUGCAUGAAAAUAAACCUGAAGCAAUCAUCCAUAGAGACCUGGAGCCUACAAAUAUACUACGGGAUGACUCGGGACUUCUAAAGGUUGCUGAUUUUGGACUAAGCAAACUUAUGAAAUUUACAAAAGCAAUAAAAGAAGAUAAGCCUUUGACAAGCCAGGAGACUUCUUGGCGAUACGUAGCUCCAGAAGUUCUUAAGAAUGAAGAAUAUGAUACCAAGGUUGAUGUUUUCUCAUUUGCACUAAUUCUGCAAGAGAUGAUUGAAGGCUGCCCACCUUACGCAACAAAGCCAGAAAUUGAUGUUGCCAAAGCAUACGCUGUCAAUGAACGCCCACCCUUUAGGGCUCCAGUGAAGCUUUAUGCUCAUGGACUCAAAGAGUUAAUUGAGGAUUGUUGGAGUGAGAUGCCCUCUAGGAGACCAACUUUCAGGGAAAUAAUUUCCAGGUUGGAAGAAAUUCAUUACAUUCUUACUCGUGCAAGACGUUGGAAGACAGACAAGUAAGUUCCUGUGAAACAACAUUCGAGAGAUGUGAUGAUAAUUAGUUGAAUUUGGAGAGAGGGGUGCCAAAUUAAAUUUAGGCCCGUUUCUGAUUAGUAGUGCUAAGCAGCUUGGAAAGGUUUACCUAGUAAUAAAACUCUUUCGCAAAGUUGUUCAUAAAAAAAAACAUUACCCUGCUACAUGUUUUGUUGCAUCAAAAUUUUCUUAACUUCCUUUGCAACAUGGACAUGCUUGUAUUUGAUAUUUGGGACUACGUGUGUAAUUUCAGGUCAGAGCACUCAGAUGUUUCCAGAAUUUUGAGGCUAUCCUUAAGAUUGAUCACUCUCAUUCAAAAAGUCGAUCAUCUCACUCAACUGCUUACAAUUAGUACAUACAUUGCAGCAAUAUGUAUUGCUGCUGCUUCUCUUUUAAAUCCAACACAGGGUCGAUUGUCUCAUUGUGGAUUAAUUCUUCAAUUCUUUUAAACACGAAAUGGCUUUUGCAUUAAUAAUAUUUUGGUGAAUGCGCCCAACAGUCCCUUACAUGCUAUUAUUCUCUCUAAUUUCUACCCGAGCUCUCAGAAACCGAACCAUAUACAUUUCUUCCCAACUAUACAUUUCUAGGAUUCAUUCUUGAACUGAAGGUCUAAAUUCUAUUUCUUCACUCGUUCCUUUCUCCUUGCCUCUAAUAAAGCCUGCAAAACAUGUCAAAGAGAUUACAAUACUAUGUCAGUCUUACUGAGCUCUAUAAUGUUUCCCCAAAGGUAUUGGAAUCUCAGUUUACCAUUUUGAUCACUUCGUCGAAUGCCUCCUGUCCAUUUCUAUCUAUAUAGUCCUUAACGUAUUUCUGCGCUUCAGGGCUCAUCAUCUCCAUGGCCUUUUCCCGUCUCUCUGGGAAGUUUGAGCUUAGCUUUGCCUCAACUUUUACGUAUCUCUUCACAUAGUUCUCGUAUAUGUAAGCUGCUCCAUUAAAAUUUGGUAGAACCAACCACAUACAGAACAAAAGCUUGGUGAAAGCCCAAAAUGGUAACC